UUGGCCGUGUCUGCCCUGGGUAACUAACUGGUCGUCUCCCAAUGCUUUGCUACGUUGAUGCAGCUCACACCAGGCCCCUGGGAGCCCUUUCUGCACUAGCCGUUCCAAGUGUGGAUAGCAACAGAUGGCGAUGUCCCUAAAACUGCUGGUGUAAAAUAGGCUUGUGCCUCAAUUUCUUUCCAUCUGUGAAAUGGGCGUAACAAUGCUCGCCUGUUUUGAAGGGGAGGGGGAGUUGUGAGCACUAGUUAAAGUUUGUGAUUUCAUUGGAAGUCCUAAUGACCCCUAGCCCUUAUUUAGUGCUUUUCAGCACCAGAGCUCAAAGCGCUUUACAAAGGAGGUCAAUCUCAUUAUCCCCAUCUUGUAGAUGCGGAAACUGAGGCACAGGGAGGGGGCGUGACUUGCCCGAGGACACAACUAGCAUGCUAGUGGAAGAGCUGGGAAUAGAAUUUAGGUCUCUGGAGACCCAUCCCCUUGUUCUGUCCACUAGCUAAGUACCGUGGACCUAAAAACCCAGAGAAAAGCCUGAGCCCCUUCCUUCAGCUCUCUGCUAGCACCUGGGCGUUGGCUCCACCCCAAUUUGCUCAUUGGGAUGUUGUGCUCCCUGCAGUUAAGACUCUUCAGUGAGCAUUGGGUGGUUAAGACCUUGGUUUUAUAUCUCAGAAAGAGAGCAGCAGAGCUCCGGGAGAGGAAUUGUUUUAUUACAUGCCACAAGCACCGACAGAGCUUCUUGCAUGGGCUGGGCGCCGGGGAGGUGGUCAAAGGGGCAUGUUGCAGUCGAUCACAUAAGUGGUUGCGAAAAUGAAGCGGCAUAUCUCUAUCGUGACAAGGUCCAGGGCUGUGCAGUGGCUGAGAGCUGGCGCGUGGGUGUGACAGGUGACGGGGAUUGGGCGAUCGGAUUCUACGCUACAAACCUAGCUGGAUCGGGGGAAUGGUUCCAGAUUUGUAAUCUAGUCAGGCCCCAGCACCUGUUUCAGCAGCUGUUUGUGCCUAAAGAUGUGCUCCUGGUGGAAGAGUGCAAUAGAGAGGGAGUUAAAAGUGGCUGGAAACUGCAAGGAAGCAGUUUACAUCUCUUAUUUCUGUCAGGGCGUGUGGGCUGGGGGAUUCGCUGUGUGGUGUGGGGGGGUGUUGAGGGGUAGAAUGUCACAGAGGUGUCAGAAUCUGGCUCCAAAGUGUUCAGGAAGCAUGUAAUGGAUUAGACUUGUUUUUUACACUCUCGCUCUUGACCACUGAGUUCCUGUUUUUAUGGCAGUAGCGAGGUGAGCACAUGCUGUGUAGCAGCUCCUCUCCUCUCAAACCUCACACCUCCGCCUCCCGAGAGCCCCUUCUCCCCCUGCCGCAGAGGAGAUGCGAGUGCGCUCAGGGAAGGAGCGGGGUAUAUAACUACGAGCGGAAAUGCCCCCCGGCAGAAGCGGUGGGGCGACGACGUCUGCAGACGGCUCAGCGUGGUGGCAGCAUGAAGGCAGAUGGGAAAUUGCUUUUCCUGGUGCUGCUGUUCCUCCCCAUUGGGAAGGCUGCAGGCCAGCUCCAGUCUUCGAUCAUUGGAGGACGUGAAGCAUUGCCUCACUCCAGGCCCUACAUGGUGUCUAUCCACAAAGGAGACAUUCCCGCCUGCGGGGGAGUCCUAGUCCACAAGCGCUGGGUGCUGACGGCUGCGCACUGCUAUUCCGACCCGCGUAAGGGUCUCAUCAGGGUGCUGGUGGGUCUCCAUCGGCAGCCCAGGAGAAAUGCUGGAGUGCAGGUCUUCACUGUCGCGAAGUUUGUCCCGCAUCCUUCCUUCAACCGCACGACUUUAGCAAAUGACAUUAUGCUGCUCAAGCUGGACAGGAAGGUGGUUUGGAACAAGGAGACGAAGCUUCUCCCCCUGUCCAAGAAGAAUGCGGCCCCGGGGACGCUGUGCAGUGUGGCUGGCUGGGGGAGGUUCAGAGAGGGAAGCAAGUAUUCCCCCGUCCUGCGCGAACUCAACGUCAAGGUGAUGGACAUCAGGAUGUGCAACAACAGCCGGUACUGGGAUGGCGAGGUCACCAGCACCAUGAUGUGCUUCGAAGGGGUCGAGAAGGGCUCUGCCCCCUGCCAGGGUGAUUCCGGGGGCCCUGUGGUAUGUGGCAAGAAAGCGGAGGUCGCCGGCGUGAUCUCCUUCACGGGCAAAAGCUGUGUCAACGUGUUCAAACCGCCCGUCGCCACGGCUGUCUUUAAAUACAAGACGUGGAUCAAAAAAUACCUACGCUGGAGCUGAGCCCUGUAACUGCAGCAUCAUCUGUAAGCUUGCCUGUCUGUCUCCUCUGCCCUGUAUUGACCCCUUGUGGCUUCCCUAUGCUGCCAGGUUAGAGAUCAGCUCACUCACCCAGCCGCAUGUGCCUCAUCCAUCCGUCUGGGCACUGCUGGUGCAACUCCACCCCCCCCGUGCCUACCUGUUCUCUUACAGAGACUUCAGCUCUGUCCUUCUCUCUCUCGGGCCUGGCAUGCAAACUGUCUGCGUGCGUCACGCUUCCGGCUGCUGAUUUGAAGUAAAAGUGAAACCUCAUCUGGU